AGAAGUUCAACACAAUAUUUACUGUUUAUUCACUUAUUUUUUAGGGGAAAUGUUCAUUAAUUAUUAACUGAAUGAGUCUCUUUCAUCAGUUUUAGUUGGUUUUCGUCUAUUCAUGUCAACAUGUGGGGGACGUAUGUUAGUGUUGCUGUUCUGGUUUGGAUUCCUUCAGUGCUGCAUGCACAAAACACUUGUAYUGCUCCCAGCCUGGAUAGAGGUUUUUUUCUGCCUGUGCAGGAAUCUUAUCCUGAUGGAGCAAAGAUCAGUUAUGCCUGUGAUAAUGGAUAUAAAACAGCAGAAAAAGGCUGGUGGGCAACAAGUAUGUGUUUAAAUGGUGAAUGGUUGUUAACACCACAGUGUAUAGAGAGUUCUUGCAGCGAGCCUCCUAAAAUCCUUGAUGCAGUCAUUAAUCAGGAUUACCAGGAGGUGUUUGCUGCAGGUUCAGAAGUGGAGUAUCAGUGUAAAGAUGGACGUACAACAGAGGAAGGAGCCACCAGCAAAUCUGUGUUUUGCAGAGCAGGACAAUGGACCAAAGGUCCAACAUGCAGGGUCACCUCGAGUGAAGAAACAAGAUUUACUGCCUUGAAGCAGGCCUUGGACAGGCCUGACGAGAGGACAUGA